AUGGAAACUUUACAAGAUGUGGUCGACGAAUCCCUCCAAAAGUUCCUUUCCCAUUUGUCCAGAGUCACAAACAAGCUGGAACUUAGCGGACUCACAGAUGAAGAGAAAGAAGCAUUUCUAGAAAAGUGCCAAUCAGUGAUUGGUGAUAGCUGCGUUAUGGAAAUAAGACAUAAACGUCACAAACAAUUGCUGAAAAGGACUGAAACUUUGUAUGCUGAUCCAGAAAACACAAAGACUCCCCAUGAGAUUUUUGAGGAGCUGAAGAAAGAAGAUGAUGCUGAAGAGAUUGAUUAUGAAAGCCAUGAUCUUUACCAAAACAUCAAAGAAAUUGUCAAGGACACCAGGACUAAGAUUGGUUUGGGCAACAAAGAUCAGCCUUCCUCGCAGAACGAGGAGGAUGGCCUGUUGAUGUCUGACGUUCACAUCAGCACGACUUGUCCCAUUAGCAAGCAAAUUAUGACUGACCCUUACAAGUCUCAGAAGUGCGGGCACACUUUUGACAAGAAGUCCAUUGACUCUCUCUUGAACCUCAGACCUUUUAUCAGGUGUCCGAUUGGAGGUUGUGGACAUCACGUGAGCAAGGCUGAUUUGGUGGUCGACUAUCAGAUGCGUCGCCACAUUGAGAGCACCGCCGAUAUGUGA